AAGAAAAAAAACAGCUGUUUCUUCCUCACAUUCACUGAAAUCUUCUUGUCAAGAUCUGUUUCUGUUCCUUUUCCUCUGUAUAUCACAAAGAGGCUGCCAUAUAAAGUGUGACCCUUUCAACUUUCUCGCCUUUUCUGUUUGUCUUGUGAAUGGAAAACAAAGGAAAGAGGACAGUUCAAGUUCUUUGAGAUCUGGGCAUUACAAUCUCAGGAUUACACUAGGGAAAGAUAAGAUGGGGAAGAAAGGAAAAUGGUUGUCUUCUCUAAAGAAAGCCUUAAGCCCAGAGUCCAAGGAAAAGAAAAACCAGAAAUCAAAAGAACAGUUUUUGGAGAAGCAGGUGCAUUUGGGUCCCAGUGGUUCUGAUGCUGCCACUUUAGAAACUGUCAAGUUGUCCCCUCCUCCUCAGCAGGAAGAGGUGGAAUUAGUUGAAGCAGAAGCUGAAAAUAGCCAGCAGACUUACCCUGUAGCAGUUGCCACUACUGAUGAUGAUGUUGUUGCUCCUGCUGCUCCAGCUCAGGCAGCUGUAGAGGUCGUUCGAUGUCAACUUAAAACUGGUGCUAGGUUUGCUGGAAAAUCUAAGGAGGAAGUGGCAGCAAUCAAAAUUCAAACAGCUUUCCGAGUUUACCUGGCAAAAAGGGCAUUGCGUGCUUUAAGAGGACUAGUCAGGCUGAAAUCAUUGAUGGAAGGGCCUGUGGUCAAACGGCAAGCAGCCAGUACCCUUCGGUGCAUGCAAACUCUUUCUCGUGUGCAGUGUCAGAUUCGUACCAGGAGAAUCAGGAUGACAGAAGAAAAUCAGGCUCUUCAGAGGCAACUCUUGCAGAAACACGCGAAAGAGCUUGUGAACUUGCAGAUGGGGGAAGAAUGGGAUGACAGCCUGCAGUCAAAGGAACAAAUUGAGGCAGGCUUACUGAGCAAGCAUGAAGCCACUUUGAGAAGAGAAAGGGCCAUGGCGUAUUCAUUUACUCAUCAGCAAACCUGGAAGAAUGCUUCUAGGUCUAUGAAUCCAUUAUUCAUGGAUCCAAACAAUCCAUCCUGGGGUUGGAGCUGGUUGGAACGUUGGAUGGCAGCCCGGCCAUGGGAGGGUCGUGGCACGACAGAAAAAGAAGAGAACACUGAUCAGUCAUCCGUAAAGAGUGCACGCAGCAACUUUGGAGGAGAAAUCAGCAAAGCUUAUGCUCGCUGUCAACUCAAUUUGGAUAAACAAUCCCCAAAGGCUAGCCAAAAGCAUAGCCAAACUUCAAGUCUCCUAUCCCCUUCUACUCCUAAGCCAGCUUCCACACCUGCCCGAAAGCUGAAGUCAGCAAGCCCUAGGAGCAGAGUGGUUGGUCCAGAUGAUGACACAAGAAGCAUAGUCAGUGUUCAGUCAGAAAGAAACAGGAGACACAGCAUUUUAGGCUCCUCGGUACGUGACGAUGAGAGCUUAGCAAGCUCUCCAUCGCUUCCAAGUUACAUGGUACCAACUGAGUCCGCCAGAGCUAAGACCAAGUUGCAAAGUCCGUUAGGACUAGAAGCAAAUGGAACACCCGAGAAGGGACCAAUCGCAUCUGCCAAGAAACGGCUUUCUUAUCCACCUUCACCAGGCAGGCCAAGGCGGCUCUCCUGUCCUCCAAAAGUGGACAGCAGCAUUACUAAUACAGAAGUUGCUGUGGUGAAUGCAGGGGGCAGUUAGUUACUUCUAAUAAAAAAGAGAUGAAGGAAAGCAAACAUUAUACGGCUAUGGAGAAGUCCAAAGGAGCAAAAUCACGAAGCAAAGAGGAAUUAUAGUCAUUUAAUUUCUGAAUCUCCUACUUCUGCAGCCAAAGUUUUAAUUCAUUCUCAUACAUCCUUGUUUAUUUAUUUCUUUAUGUGUUUAUGCCUUGAGAUGGCAGAAUGAUAUUUGUGAUUGACAGCAAAUUAUGUCCAAAUUCAGUUCAUCGAAAUUUCUUGCGUUGUUUGUAUUUUGAUUUGUAUGAUAACUAUAUAUACUUCUUUGUUCUUUUUUAUUUUGGCAUUGGCAUGGCACUGUUUAAUUGCAUUUUCUUUUCAUUUUUAUGAGAUUUAUUUGGUGAUGGAUGUCAUUCAUUGAUCAAUUCGAUUGGAAUACAUUCACGACUUUGAUCAUCAAGUAAUUCGGAUC